AUGGAGAGAUUCUCAAGUCCUGAAAUACAUGAUGAGAUAUUGCAAUAACCAGGUCUGAAUAUAUAAAGCUAAAACUCAGUUUACCUGUCACAUGAGAAUAUAGAUAAUAUUGAAACAGAUGAAGCUCUUAAAAAACUACUUUAAUCUAUAAGUUGCUCAUUUGACUAGAAUAGGUUUUCUAUGAUCUAUUAAGAUAAGAAUCUCGAAAAAGAGUUCCUAGCCUCUUAUCACUAGAAAAUAAUAUAGUUUGGACUUAUCUACACAAUUGAAGCAAUUGUUGUAUUUGCAGAGUAUUUCAUCUUUUAAACUGCAAAAUUUAUCUUACUCUAAUACAAUUAUCCUGCAUUUAAGUGGGCUGCUUUAGCAGUCUCAGUGUUUUACUUCGUGACAAUAUCCAUAUAUCUUUUGGCAAAGAAAUUUAUUUGGAUUGCUAUUUACUUUACUCAUAUUCAGAGUAUCGUUGUUUAUGUAUCAAUAAUUGAAUCAGCAAUUUUAGGAAAUCCCUUAUAGGCUCAAGUAGAUGGAUUUAUUGUUAUUUCUGCAACACUAGUAUCAGUUGCCUUUAUAAGUUAUGAUCAAAGAUCAAUUUUGCUUGCCUAUAUUUUCAUCUUCGCUUAUAGCAUGUGGAGGACAUACGACUGGAUAGCGGAUCCCUUUAGAUAUGCAAGAUUUAAUAUUUUUUUAAUCACCACACUUGGAAUCGUAUACAUUUUUUCACGAGCGACUCAUUUAAGAGAGAGGGAGAAGUUUGAACAAGCAAAAAAACAAAAACAAUUGCUGAAAUUAUUUCAUAAUUUAAUAAGAGUCUAUCAUGAUGGAAUAUUGAUAACAAAACAAGAGGAAAUAGUAUAUAGCAAUAAGGCUAUGAGAUAAAUUUUUAACAUUAAGAAAGAUGCUAUUCAGAAUUUGCAAAGCCUUCCUGAUAUGUUACCUUAAAACUCUUUGAUCCCUGAUUUCAGCAGCUAGUAGGCUGGAGAAUAAGAUUUAUUAAUUGAAGAGAGAUAAUUCAUUUAGAACUUUAAGAAGACAAUUCCUAAAAUUUCUUAGAAUCAAAUGAGUAACACAUUCACUGAUGCUGAUAAUGAAAAUGGAAAAUGGUUUACUGAUAUAUGGGAUUACAUAUAAUAGCAUUAAAAGCAUUUGAAUCCAAUAUUUUUCAACUAAGAGUACUUAAUAAAUCCCCUUGAUGGACUAUACUUUAAGUUCAAGUAUUCUGAUAAUUAUGAGAGCAAUUAAUAAGUCAUUAAAUUCAAGAUUCUAUAAGUAUUUACUCAAACAAUAAGACUAGGAUAGAAAAUGUUUGUAAUGACAACUAUUAGAGACUAAUCAAACUGGUUAGAAAUUGAGAAAUAAAAGAAUUUAUCUUAACUUAAGACUAUUGCUUUUGCUUAGGCAGCUCAUGAAUUCAGAAAUCCCUUAAAUGCAAUUAAUUCUUCACUAUAGCUGCUAGAUGCCGCGGUAAUUGAUAUCCCUGCUCGCCAAUAUCUUAUUACUGCAAAAAAUAGUUCUAAGCUAAUGCUCUAUCUAAUCAAUGAUAUUUUGGAUUUUUCGCAAUUAGAGUCGAAGAGUCUUGUGCUUAAUUAUGAGGAUGUCAAUAUUUGCUCAUUAAUUAAAAAUUGCUUCUCUAUUCUAGAAUUGAAAGCAUAAGUGAAGGAGCUAGAAUUAUCCAAAAUCAUUGACCCAAUGUUUCCCAAAAAAAUCAAUACUGAUCCAAAUAGACUAUCUCAAAUCCUUAUUAAUCUUCUAUCGAAUUCAAUAAAAUACACCAAUGAGGGAUAUGUUAAGAUAUUUGCUAAGUUAGAUUAACCAAACAAUUAGGUUAAUUUUAUCAUUAAAGACUCUGGUGUUGGGAUGGAUAAGCAGCAACUCUCUAAAUUAUUCACUGCGUUUACAAAAAUUAUGUCCAAUAGAGAUAUGAAUAAAGAUGGAGUUGGAUUAGGUCUAACUAUUAGCAAAAAUCUUGCCUAGGCUCUAGGUGGUGAUAUUAAAGUAUAAUCUGAGAUUAAUAAAGGAUCAGAAUUCAUGUUGAUUCUUCCAAUUAAAUUAGAAGACUAGGUGAUGAUGAUUGAUAAUGCUGUUGAUCAAAAUUAAGAUAAUUCAUAAGAAAGCGUUUAAUCAUUGAGUAUUGAUUUAGAAUUUGAUGAUGAUCAAGAUAGUUUAUGUAUUUAACCAGUCAAUCUUUUGCAGGACUAGUUGAAUAGAGGGAUAAAAGAUAAAAUCCUUUAAACUCAGUCAAUAUAGGAGUUGAAUUUACUAUUAAGAGAUGAUAGAAUUUUUGAUGAAAAUUAAAUUGCUAGAAAUAACUUCUAGCGAAGGAAAAAAAAAAGUUUAGUCAUUAACAGGUAAAGAAGAAAUUCAAGAUCAAGGCAGGGUAGUAACUAAAAUUUCUCUUUUUCUCGGUUUUAAGACAAUAUAGAUAUUGAAUCUCCUUAUAUAUUUUCACCAACAAGAUGCUAAUGUUCAAAAAUAUUGCUAGUAGACGAUGAACCAUUUAAUCUUAUAGCACUAUAAGGUUUACUAAAUCAGUAUCACAUCGAUAAAGUCGAUAAAUGCUACAACGGCAAGUAAGCAGUUGAAAAAAUCAAAGUUAAUUUUGAAAAAUAAUGUGUUGGCCAUUAAUCAUAUGAACUAGUCAUAAUAGAUAAUUAGAUGCCAGUAAUGAAUGGCAUAGAUGCUUGUAAAGAGAUUAGAAUUAUGUAAUAAAAGGAGGUGAUGUCCCGAUAAACAAGAAUAGUGCUUUUGACAGGAGAUGAAUCUAUGCUUACAAAAGAUGAAUAUAUCAAUCUUUUCGAUGAUGUGAUUUUAAAACCUAUUGAUUCAAACAUAUUAGGAAUUUUACUAAUGUAGACUAGUUCACAAAAUUGA